AAGUCAUGACCAAUCCCAUGAUGCUAAGUACUAAAACAUGGCAGCGCUGUGAGUGGAAUCUGAAAGUUACUCUAACAUGGAGGGCUUCCCAUUCCCUGUAGCUGGAAAGCUGUCUGAGGGAAGUUCAGGAAAAGAGCAGGGAGCCAGUGGAGGGACGAAAGAGAAACGUUGCAGAGCGUGUACAGACUUUAAAUCAUGGGUGGCGUCUCAGAAGAAGCAGUCGUCUUCAUUCACAGCAGCACAGGAGACACAGGGAGCUGAGGAGAACGAGAAACUUGUGGAGUGUCCCCUAGACAGAGAGGAACUGGGGAGGAACUCUUGGUCUGUUCUUCACACCAUGGCUGCGUAUUAUCCUGAUACGCCCACCAAAACACAGCAACAAGAGAUGACUCAAUUCAUCAACCUCUUUUCGAAAUUCUUCCCAUGUGAAGAAUGUGCUGAGGACCUAAGAUCCAGAUUGAAAACAAACCAACCAGACACCAGCAGCCGUCACCAUCUCUCACAAUGGCUUUGUCAUCUCCAUAACGGCAUCAAUGUCCGGUUAGGAAAGCCGGAGUUUGACUGCAGCAAAGUGGACGAAAGGUGGCGAGAUGGCUGGAAAGACGGCUCUUGUGAUUGACAAGCCCAAGCUGAAUCACUUUACAGAGGAAAAUAAAACAGACUUAUAAUUUUCUUUGA